AUGGGGGAUAACGGCGGUCAAAAGGAAUUAUUAAGCACUUCACUGCUUUGGUUCUUGGGUAGGUACUACAUUCACAGGAGUCGUCUCAUCAACUCCGUUUGGACACUCCUUCUAGUCCGUAAAGUGAAGAAGAAAAAGGCUCGUCCGAAGCACAGCACCACAGAUCGCCGUUUCGUCUUCUUUUUUGACUUCCCGCCAACUUCACCCCAGUCUGACACCACACGGUAAUCCAUCAUGAUGUAUUGCUGGCUAUCUGGUUGCGGAGAGAGUUUUGCAUGGAGGAACGGAUGCUCAGUCUCACAUAUUGCGUAAAAAUCGAGCAGCUCUUGCAUGGUGUACACGCGUUGAGCACGCCCAAGGCAGGCAGCUGAACACCAAGCGGGGAAAACUUCCAACAGAAUCUGCGCAAGACCUUUCAGCUGAAACAUAGAAAAUGGUGAGUUGGUGCGGGCCUUCUUGCGGCCGGACAAUCCACUGUUGCUAAAAACAGUACGAAAGACGUCAAUGGGAGUUACGAAUAGCGGAUUAAGAAUGUUAAGGCGUGGAAAACUUGCCAGAUGAAAAAAUUCAAAAUUUUAAGGAAUUAAAAAGCAUACAACUUCUGCUUAUAUGAACACAACUUGUAAAAGCAAAGGAUUUAGUAUGCUCUUGCGCCAUGAUAACAGGGCAUGAGGCUUGUGCGGUUAACACAUCAUAACUCACUGCUAGCUCAUGACAUUGUGUUCGUUUACUUCUCACAGUAAAUGAAGGCGUCUUAAAAAAACCAUAAGAGGCUAGAAGUGCGUCUAAUUUUUCUUCCAAAAAUCCAUUCCAUCGAGAAUAACACGAAGCGAAAUCCCAUUUGCAGUUCAUAUGUUUUCGUCCGAAGUUUAAAUUAAUUUUCUGGGUGCGCAUUAGAUUAUGAGGAAAACUGCGUUGAAUGAACCUACUAUAUUUCCUUAAUAUUUACCUGCAUCUUAUGUGCGUUAAAAGGAUUUGUAAGUUACCGCCUUCGCUUAAUCGCGUACAACAGGGAAUUAUACGGCAGUUAAUCUGUGCUUAGAUUCCGAAUGAUGUGGACAAGCCUAGUUGCUUUAGUCAAAAUUUUUCUAAAUCAUCCGUACCUGUCGCAAGUUCAGGUCAUUUCGGUUUGCGGUACUUUGCGUGCGACCAGAUGAAAAAUUAAUGCAGCGUGCAAGGGCUUUGAUCGUUAAGGUGACGGAAGUGCAUUCGAAAUCGCAAAUUUUGUUUGUAAAUUAGCAGAUAGUUGCUGGUUAUAGGAAGGAGCAGUAGUUUCUGUGUCGGUAUUCUAUAAAGAUUCUUUAACGCCUCCUUUAUCUGUUCUUUGACUUGAUAUAAUCUAACUUAUUAUAAAUUUUGCAAAAUUUGGCUCCCACAGUACGUUUCUAGUGGAGAUUGGCAAUGAUUCAGCUAUAAAAAAUAUACAGAAAUUUUGGCGGCGGUGUCUGCUAGAGGCAAAUUGAUAUAGGAGGACGUUUGAAGGGGUGAUAGUAUUUUUAAUGAUCGCUGAAUCCGCGAGAGCUUUGUCACAUCGUAAAUAGUCCUUAUGAUGACAAUGAGUAUGAACUCUGAUUCAGAUAUUUUAAAAUACAACCCUGAGUCUUGAAAGAAGAAGUGAAAGGAACUGUCAAAUGAAAAAUACAGUGAGAAUUCCCAGAACCCGAUAGUUUCAAACGAAUAAUUUGGGAGAAAAUUAUGGCUUGACGAAGAAAAAAUGAGAACAAAGUUGCCGUAACACACCCAUAUAGACACAGCUGAGAACGAUGGGAAGACGCAGAGCACUACGAAGAUAACUGGCUGGUCAAUACUGAGAGGCUAUUUCGUCGACUUGAAGAUUAGGCGAUAUGUUGACCACAGCCUUUGUCAUACGUACUAAAAGUUUAUGAGCCCUAGUGCCAUGUUUAAUUUCAGGCGGGACAGGCAAUUCAAGACAUCAUCACAAGGACGUAAGGGGAUGUUGCACUACGGGAGGCCUGGGAUGUUGCCACCAACGGACUGAGGUUACGGCAUACCAGCGGCCAUAAUGUGAUGAUGAUGGUGGUGAUGGGGACGAUGAGGUCGAUGAUGAUUAUGAUGACGAUUAUGUGUGGGGGAUGAAACAAGGGCAGCAUAACGCGCUUGCGUCACGAAUCCCUGGCUAUUUGCCCGAAGGGCAAACUGGGAAGACCAUUGUGAAACGGAAGUAUCUUGAUGCCAUGGCUCCAAAUAAUACCGCACACGAGAGAUGAUGUAAGAGCAAUCUGUAGGUAUGAGAAAAAUUUAACAAAAGGCAUUUUAAAACGCGUCGGGAGGAAGGGCUAUCACCGAUUUUAAUGUAAGAGGACUAAACAAGAAAAAUAAUAUUUUGUUAGAAAACAUAUAAUUUUAUGUAACGAGUAGGUUAAAGCUGCACCAAUGCCGGCAACAAACAUCGCCUAAACGACACAGAAUAUUAUUUUCUACAUUUCUUUUAGCAUGCUUAAUAAAUAAUGCAUUUGAUUUAAGCAGCUGAUCGACCAGCUCAUUUAUCUCUUAUCGUAAGCCAAACCAUGACACCAAACCAGUAGCCUAGCCCUUAAAUUAAUCUCGAUCUUUGACCAAACCCAAACCUUAAAUCAAACCCUAACAGAAGACCCAACCCCCACCCAGCUGCCGCUGCUGCUGCUGCUGCUGCUGCUGCUGCUGCUGCUGCUGCUGCUGCUGCUGAUGAUGAUGAUGAUGAUGAUGAUGAUGAUGAUGAUGAUGAUGAUGAUGAUGAUGAUGAUGAUGAUGAUGAUGAUGAUGAUGAUGAUGAUGAUGAUGAUGAUGAUGAUGAUGAUGACAGCUACCAUUGCAUUAACUAG